CAUCAUCAAGUAGGCAGGCCUCGCGGACUAGUGGGUUUUUCUGUGUGUGUUCGUUUCUCGUGCCGCGAGUCAGCUGCGUGCAUGCAGCAGCAGCACAGCCAGUGCUUGUUUCCUGUGAGAACGACGGAAACAUUCAGCCGCGGCGCCUCGGCCGACUACCGGCGUUGUGUUGCGAACCGUCUGCUCUUGGCCAUGUCGUCUGCCUGACGCUACGUCGCCCCGUGUCGUCUGCCACGAAUUCGCCGUCGUCCCCACCACGCAGGUGCUACCGGUGAACGAAAAAAAAAGAGAAAGAAGGGAAAGCAGCGAUGCAGUGCGUGCUCAAAGACACGUUCCGACUCUACCCGAACGCCGAGGACGACUACGAUGUGACGCUAUUCGAUAAGUCGCUAGUGUUCGAGCCGUGCGUCAAGGGCAAGGGUUUGCCGCAGUACCGUUCGCGUACCGAGGUGAAGCUCGACGACGUGAUCGGCUGUCAUGUGAUGCGUGUCGCCGAGAACGCCACCGGGCUCAAGAAAACCGUCUCGUAUUUCUGCGUGUACGCGUACCAUCUAAUCCAGAAGAAGAAGAACCUCGGCCACAGGCGCCAGAAAAGGACAUAUGUGUUUACGGUGGAUAAAAGCGACGAGUACGAAGCGAACCUCGCCAUCUCCAGGGUAUGGCAGUCGGCAUUCCUCUGGCUACUCCGAGGCGUCAAGCCCGAGCGAGGUGGCGGCUUUCCAAACCUGCAGCCCGAACCUGAAGGUGGUAGCACCGGGCCGACCUGGUUGCGAAACGACGUAUUCAGUGCCUCGGUGCGCAGGCAGGACGAAAGCGACGACGGCGUGUUCAGGCCGUUGGCGCUGGACUCGCUGCCCAAGGGGCCGCGGGUGCACCGCGAAAGUCGUCGCGCGUUGAACGUUGAGGACUGGUACACUUCGAGCGUCGCGGACACCGCGACCACCGCGGUAACCCUUGUCACCGUGCCGGUCCUCAAUGGCUCGAGCACCGAAAGCCGCCAGCACUCCUGUAGCGCAGCGUACAAAACGUGCUGCACGCAAGUGCGCUUCGCGGACCCGUCUGUCCGGCCCUCCAUGUCGGAAUCGCAGGCCGAGGAUCCGAGCACGAGUCCGGAGAGCCCGGAGUCGGGCCCCUUCCGCGUCGACCACCUCCUGGAGCUCCCCAGCGAACGCACGGCCGUCACCACCGAUUUGCCCAUCGCGACCGAUUCCCCCGCGAUCGGCAGGUCCGCCGCGUCCGACGGCCAGGCGUUCAUCCCAGCCGAGCUGCCCGCGCAGCGACACUACCUGGUCAUCGUGAACCCAAAGAGCGGACCGGGCCGGAGCCUCGAGAUCUUCCUGCACCGGGUGCGACCGAUCCUGGCCGAGGCCGACAUCUCCCACCUGCUGCUCGUCACCGAACGCCGGAACCAUGCGCGGGACUUCAUCAAGAAUCUCCACCUGAACCAGUGGAGUGGCAUUAUCAUCAUUUCCGGCGACGGGCUGCUCUACGAGGUGUACAACGGCCUCAUGGAGCGACCCGACUGGGAGCUGGCCAUCAAGAUACCCAUCGGCAUGAUCCCCGGUGGAUCGGGAAACGGCCUGGCUCGUACCAUCAGCCACGCCGCCAAUGAACCCUACGUGAGCGAUCCGAUUCUGGCGUCGACGCUGGGCAUCGCCAAGGGACGGGUGGCCCCUCUGGACCUGAUGAAGGUGGAGACUCCGUCGGGACCCCUCUACUCGUUCCUGAACGUCGGCUGGGGCAUCAUGGCCGACAUCGACAUCGAGUCCGAGAAGCUGCGUGCCAUCGGAGAGAUACGCUUCACCCUGUGGGCCUUCUGGAGGGUCUUCAACCUGCGUACGUACCACGGCCGGAUAUCGUACCUGCCCGCCACCGAGAAGAUGAAGGGCGGCAACGGAGUCAUCUCGCGGCUGGUGACGUCAUCGUCGGCGCGCAACGGGCCCUCGUUGUCACCUCUGCCCCGCAACCAGUCGUCGGGCACCGACCUCGGCGAACUGUGCGGCCAGAACGGCAGCGCGAGGACAUUUCACAGGUCUGAUAGCGCUCCGGAAGGCCACCGCAUGGGCGAUUGCGGGACGUCACAGGACGAAGGGAACGAGAGCGGCCUGGAGAGGGCUACGGAGCACGCCGUGCAGGGUGGCACCGAGGACCACGUGACUCCUCUCACGGGCGAGGAGCUGCCGCCCGAGCUCGAACUGGUCGCCGAUUCGAGCGUCGAGCGCGUGCCGGGGCCCAAGCCGCAGGAACCCGCGCUUUCGGCGCCCGAGUGGUUCCCGGCGCUGACGGACCCGGUGCCGGACGACUGGACCGUGGAGGAGGGGCGCUUCAUCAUCUGCUACUCGAGCACGGUCAGCCACCUGGGCACCAACCUGUUCAUCGCGCCCGAGUCCCGGCUGGACGACGGCAUCGCGUGGCUGCUCAUCAUCCGGGGUGAGGUGACCCGCUUCCAGGUGCUCAGCUACUUCAAGGCCCAGGAGGCCGGCCAGCACGUGGACCUGCCCUUCGUGCGCCUCAUACCGGUGCGGGCGUUCCGCCUGGAGACCUUCUCCGACUGCACCAUAACCGUGGACGGCGAGGUCGUCAAGACGAGGAUUCUGCAGGCCCGGGUGCUGCCUUCUCUGGGACGAAUUCUGACUUUCUAGGAUUGUACGAGACGGCGCGAUUUUUUGAUGCAUCGCCAACAGGGACAGAUGUGGGGAAGCGCGCGAGAAUUGUUUUCAUCUGCCAAGGUUCGGCGGUAUAGUCUUUUUUUGGAACAGGUUCUCGAGAGCCAGUCAUGUCCGGCGGCGUGCGAGCUAAGUUCAAGUUGACCAGCUAUUGACUCAACUGCCUGCUCUGGUGCGUUCCCGAGUCCCGUGGCAAGUACAAGAACUGUGUGUGCGCGCCUCGUGAACAUUUGUGUGCAGUUUGCUUAGGAGUGCGGAUCGUUCCACGACGGAAGGAAACGGACGUUUGUCUACAUAGGUGCGGAUCCUACAAUCUUCAUUCCACGGGCAAGGAUCAAAUGUAGAUUGUGAUGUUUUAGUCCCUGCUGAACCUUGACGUCACGGUACAUGACGCGGGAACGGCACGGUCUCAAUGAUUUGAUAUUUACCUUUGUUUUGCUGCGGAUUUGGUUGACUAGGUAUAGCAUUCCCUCCCUACCCCAAAUUAUUUUUCACCUUUGUUCUUGCGGUUUUUUCCCACUGCCGAGACGUCCUUGCUAUCUCGGAAAUUUCGUCGUAAUGUUCGAGCCUCUAAUCCCCGGGACUGUGAUGGCCCAACGAUCCUCCGAGUCUUCCACUAUGCCUGUACUGGGGUUUGUGCUCAUAAUUCUUGUACUACGAGGCUGUGUUUGCCAGCGAACAUGCGCCCUGUAGAAGUAUCGCUGCAGCUGGCAACUCAAUUGCGUACUGUCUCGCUUAUUGUCACGGUGUCUCAAAACAUGCGAGCAAUGCGUUUCGUGGGUCGGUCUCUUAUCUCUUCGACUUCUAACCUACGGGUAUAUUGCCCAUUGUCGUUAGCAGCUGUCUGGUUCGUGCACUGACCUUCAGCUAUCCAUGUCAGUGGACAACGGUUUUCUUUCCCCAAAACUGUAGGAAAAUGAACACGGCUCGAAGAAACCGGCAGAGUGCUCAAAACCCGCUAACAGUUGCACCGGUCUCAGUUAUUCGCACUCGCGAAGCCUUGCGCGUGCUACUGACUUCGCAGUCAGUUUGGCAGACAUCGAGUAUAAUGCGAGGGUGUCCUAGGAAGCUGCCGUCGGACGGCGCUAGUAGAUAGAAGCGACUCGGAACAUAGCCUCCGAGAUCGCGCGGUGAUCUCGGAGGCUAUGUUUAGACGCGGCAAGCUUCUCUUGACACCAUGCACGUGACGACGCUUCGUCGCAGUCGCGAGAUGCGUCUGUGCAAAACUGGGCUGUUGGUGCUGCAAUACUUGUAUGUGUGUGCGUACGUGUGUUGUUUAAUUUUGCGCCGAGAUGGCGCUACGAAGGGUACGACGGCUACCUCGACCUACAGCUGCGACUGUCGGACGUUCUUUUCGAUGAUCCUCCGCAAUUGGGUGUGGUGAAAGCUGACGGAUUGCGAAAAACUACCCCCCUCUUUUUUUUCUUGGCGUGUGUGAGUGUGUUAAUGGUUUUGUGUGAAGGACAUCACGUGACCGCGGGAAUGUUGAUGGACGAGAAACGGUAACUUGCUUGACAGCGAAGUCACGUGGUACUGUGGUGGGGCGCGGUCGAUGUGUAUAUCGGCACUGACGCUUGUCUCGACAAAGGUGUAUUCUAAGGUAAGAUAUUUUUUCCGAGUAAAUGAGAAGUGUCGUCAGGGGCAUUCGUGCGAAACUGCGCCCUGCGUGACGAACUGAGAAUAAUCGAGACACUGCUGUAGCUCCUGGUUAUGUGCAUAUAUUAGAUUAAACGCAGUGACUGUCUCUCCUCCAUCUCCAAAUACAAAGGUGCCUUCUCGACCGUUGGUCUUCGAUCUUCCCGUAUUGUCCCUCAUGAGCAGCUGUACAUGUAAGGACGAAAUAAAUCGACUGAACAAUA